AUGAGGUCUUAUCUACCUAUCACCUUGUCCUUCCUGCUACGGUUGACAACGGCUGCAAACACCGAAAGUGGUUAUCUUGCAACCGUUACCCUUGCCCCAACGGCCUCAGGAGCCGAAGCUUUUGAUCUUGAAGAAAAGCGCGCAGAAUGUUUUCAAGCUUGUUAUAAGACUUAUGGAAACUACACGUCUUGCACUAGAGGAAGUGUCCUUAAGUGCUGGUGUAAUGAGUCUGUUGAUUGGGUUGAAAGAGAGGAGGAUUGUGUUUGGACUAUUUGCGGUCCAUCCGCUUAUAACCUUUAUGCGGAUGUUUUGACAAGGAUUUGUGAGACUGUUACGGCUUAUGCUAGUCAAGCCAUUGAGACAGGAUCAACGUCUUCUGAUGAGAAUAUAAAUUCAACUUCCGUAGAGACUACAAACAAAGCUGAAGCUGAGACGACCAGUCAAGCUCAAGCCACAGAGACUUCAACUUCUGGUAGUGAUGCCACAACAAGUAGCAGUGAAGCAGCAGCUACGAGUUCUGAGCCCAGCAGUGCUUGUAAAAUUGGUUCAUCUCUAAGUCUUCCGGCUGUUCUUGCUGUUGGUGCAGUCUAUCUUUCUAGGAUGACCUUUUGA